UGAAUUGAGCAACACCAUCUGCGUAUAUGUAAUACAAAAUACAUACAAAAACUGAACGCCGUCUAUUCACAAGCAAAGCGCCCUUCCGACCCCCGGUAUCUUUUGCUUUUAAAUCCAUCAACGAUAACACUGAUUGUCCAUUCUUCCAUUACUGCAGCAGAGAUAUAGUGUUAUAGUAAAAAAACGUGCGCAGAUCGUGUGAGUUUGAGGUUACCAAAAUGUCAAGUUUUCUUGUACGCAAAGCUCUCUGCUCCACGAGAACAUUAAAAAGUCUUUCGCAAUUUGGAGUUGUGCCUGUGAGAAGGAUUAAUCUGUUGGAAUACCAAAGCAAAGAGCUACUCCGAGAUUCUGGAGUUUCGGUGCAGAAUUUUACGGUUGUCGAUGAUGUAAACAAAACCGGGUGGGCUAUUGAAAAAUUGAAGGCUAGUGAAUAUGUAGUGAAAGCUCAAGUGUUAGCUGGAGGUCGUGGUAAAGGCUGGUUUGAUAAUGGUUUCAAGGGAGGAGUUCAAAUAGCAAAAGACCCAAAAGUUGUUGCAGAAUAUGUUAAGAAUAUGUUAGGUCACCGUUUGAUAACAAAGCAAACUUCAAAAGAUGGCAUCCUAGUAAACAAGAUUAUGAUCGCUGAGUCUGUAAACAUCAAACGAGAAACAUAUGUUUGUAUUCUAAUGGAUAGAUCCCAUAAUGGACCAGUUUUGAUAGCCUCACCAGCUGGUGGUAUGGAUAUUGAAGCUGUUGCUGAAAAAACUCCAGAGAAGCUCAAAACAGUACCAUUAGAUAUUUAUUAUGGCAUCGAUGAUGAGAUUGCAACAGAAGUUGCUGAAUUCUUAGGAUUCAAAGAGGAAAAAAUCAAAGAGAAAGCAGUCUUUGAGUUGAAAAAUUUAUGGAAACUGUUUGUAGAUAUUGAUGCCCUCCAAGUAGAAAUUAAUCCUCUCGUUGAAACCGACACCGCGGAUGUUGUUGCGGUAGAUGCCAAGAUUGCGUUUGACGAUAACGCGGAGUUUAGGCAAAAAGAUAUUUUUGCUUUAGAAGAUACUAGCGAGAAAGAUCCACGUGAAGUUGAUGCCUCCAAAUUCAAUUUAAAUUAUAUUGGAAUGGAUGGAAACAUUGGAUGCCUCGUAAAUGGUGCUGGUCUUGCUAUGGCGACAAUGGAUAUCAUAAAGCUACACGGAGGUUCUCCUGCCAACUUUUUGGAUGUCGGUGGGAGCGUUAAAGAAGAUCAAGUUUUCCAAGCUUUUAGAAUACUUACAGAGGAUCCAAAAGUAAAAUCAAUUCUCGUAAACGUUUUCGGUGGAAUCGUGAAUUGUGCAACAAUCGCAAAAGGAAUAGUAGCAGCAUCACGAAACUUGGGUCUUAAAAUACCUCUUGUUGUAAGAUUAGAAGGUACAAACGUCAAUGCAGCAAAAAAGAUUUUAUCUGAAUCUGGUUUACCGAUUCUGACGGCCAAUGAUCUCGAAGAAGCAGCUCAGAAAGCAGUCGCCUCAAUACAAAAAUCACGAAUUGACGGGCACAAUGACAUGAAGCUCAAAAUGUCGCAAUAGCUUAAUAUUGUUCUUUAACUUGACUAAGACUGGCCUAUCAUUCCUCGUGAUCAUAUCCACUGAUCAUACAACAAUCGAUCAUGCGAAAGACAACUUAAAUCAAAUGAUAUUCACAAUUGCCCACUCUCAUUCAUAUUAUUUUUAUUUUUAACAAACUUACUUUGAAAAGACCAUUGAGACUAGCCAGACGUGCGUUUAUCGUUGUUACUAGUUACUUAAGAUAUGGAUAGUGUUUUUUCUUUUGAAUAAAUGUUUUGUUAUAAAAAGUUAGCU